AUGACCGUCUACGAGUUCGUCGUCACGGCCUUGCUCUGCGCCUGCGCGGCCCACUGCGUGCUCCUCGACGCGGCGUCGAUCCUCGUGCUCCUGCGCAAGGCCCGGCUCUACGCCCUGGGCCUCCUGACCAUGGCCGUGGGCCGCGACAAGCGGUGGCGGUCGCGGCGCGUCGACGCGCGGACCGUGCGCGCCGCGCGGCUCAUCGAGACGAAGCGCCUCGUCUUCGUGCGCCACGGCGAGAGCGAGUGGAACCGCAUCUUCAACGUCGGCCCGAAGGCGCUCGCGCCCUUCAAGCUCGCGAUCGCGCUCGUCCGCGAGGGCGCGCUGCUCCUCCGCGGCGACCCCGGGUCCGUCUUCCUCGACGCGCCGCUGACGACGCUCGGCCUCGAGCAGGCCCAGGCCGUCGCGGCGCUCCUCCGCGAGCCGCCCGCGGGCCCCGCGGCCGCGCUCGAGCUCGCGACGCUCCGCGGCGACGCGACGGCGCCGCGGACGUCCGUCGUCGUGUCGUCGAAUUUGCGGCGCGCGGCGCAGACCGCGGCGCUCGCGUUCCAGCACCGCGUCCGCGGCGGCGAGGCCGUCCGCGUGCUCUCCUGCCUCCAGGAGAUCUCGAACAACGUCGACGCCGUCGCGCUCGCGCCACCGGGCGCGGCGCCGGACCUGCCGCGCGUGCCCGCGCCGCUCCGCGGCCCGGGCGCGUUCGACGGCGCGGGCAACCUCGGCACCAAGCCGCCGCGCGGCGACGGCCGGCGGCGCCUCGAGGCCUUCUGCGCCUACGCGCUCGCGGCGGACGAGGGCUGCGUCGUCGCCGUCGGCCACAGCCUCUGGUUCCGGUCCUUCUUCGACGAGUUCCUCCCGAGCGACGCGGCGCACGUCGCGCGCGUCGCGAAGAUCCGCAACGGCGGCGUCGUCGCCUGCAGUGUCGCCUGCGACCUCGAGUCGCGGCUCCUGCCGAGCGGCGUGCCCGUCUUCUCGAUCCCGCCGGCGUCCGUCGCGGAGAUCCACCUCGGCUUCGACGUCGACAAGCUCCCGGGCCGCGCGCGGCGCGCGCCGGCCGCGCGGCCGCUCGUCGGC